CCCAGGGGGCAUAUGAAUGUCAUUAUUUUCGUCUUGUGAUCAAGAUGACUCUUCAUCCAUGUCGUAGGUUCAUUAUGACUAUUGUUUGGAUUCAAGAGUGAAAUGUUAGUCGCGGCACCAAUGAGAACAGGUUUGGGAACUUCGCUUUGGUUGUUGGCUUCGGUGGUUGGCGCCGCCAACCAAUUGGAGGUCGAGGCCUUCUCAUACCACCGGUACGUCUACCUCUACCCUCAUCUUUCUAUUGACCAUGACGACAAUGGCGGAUCCACCAACAACGAUCGCCACUGCUGCUGAUGAUGAUGGCUAUCGAAUUUUGGCCCUGUACAAGUUUGUGGAUCCAAAGUUGAAUGCCGAUGAUCUACCCGCUCUCAAGCAAUCGAUCGAAUCGCACUGUCGAGCCCAUCACGUGCGAGGGAGUCUGUUGUUGGCACCCGAGGGCAUUAAUGGAACCAUUAGUUAUCCAUGCAAGUCAACUACGGAAGAUCCAGUAGUGGCCUUCCUCGAGUCUCAGUUUCCUGGACUUCGGACGCGUAUUUCGACCAGCCAGGGACAUGUCUUUUACCGUCUCAAAAUUAAGGUCAAGAAGGAAAUAUUGACGUGUCGAACCACUACAACAGCCACAGAAACUGAACAACAACAACAACAACAACAACAACAACCACAACAACAAGAGGAACAAGAUCUGCUAACUCUGGACCCCACACAACAAGUCGGUCAGUACGUGCCACCGGGUCCGGAAUGGGACGCCCUUCUUCGAGAUCCCGAUUGUCUCGUCAUUGAUGCCCGCAACGAUUACGAAGUACGGAUUGGGACCUUUCAAAAUGCACAAGAUCCCAACACGUCCACCUUUAGUGAACUCAUUCCGUGGAUGAAGACGGCGUUGCAAGAACAGAAACCAAAAAAGGUGGCCAUGUUUUGUACUGGCGGCAUUCGAUGCGAAAAGGCCACGGCGGCAUGCAUGGAUUUGGCACGACAACAACAGCAAGAGGACAUUCCCGUCUAUCAUUUGGAGGGUGGCAUCUUGGCCUAUUUGGAUACCGUUCCCGCGAAAGAAUCGCUCUGGCAGGGUGCCUGCUACGUCUUUGACCAACGGGUUGCCGUCACGCACGGUCUUCAAGCCGCACCCCAUUAUACCAUGUGUCAUGCCUGUCGGGCCCCCUUGUCCCACGAGGAACAAGAGGGACACCCGGACUUUAUUCACGGCCUCCAAUGUCGGUAUUGCAAGGUUGCACGAUCCCACAAAUCCGUCGAACGAGCCACGGCACGACAAAAACAAAUCGAACUGGCACAACAAAAGGGACUCUUGCACAUCCAUGAUCCCAAAGAAAAAGUACUGCGAGUGUUGGCACAGAAGGAUGGUGUUGUUGGGGAUAGUGGCGACGAGGAGGCUCCGGAAAUGUUGGCUUGAUUUGGCGGUUGCUUUGUUUCAGGUAUCAUUAUUGUAAUGUCCCAUCAUAGUUUAGGUUAUGGAAUUUAUGAUGUGUUCGUGAAAGGGUUGCCUAGCUAUAUUAAAAUUAUACUAGCCCCUUCUAUUUGUACAUGUU